AUGGCGACGGGGGAGGAGGGCGCCGGCUCUGACCUCGGCCUCGCCGAGGCCACCCAGGGGUUCUUGUUGGAUGCGAGGGCUUACUGGGUGACAAGAUCCUUGAUUGCAUGGGAUGUCAGUGAUCAGGAAACUUCUCUCUUCUUAUAUGCAAGCAGAAAUGCUACAAUGUGCAUGUCAAGUGGGGUUAUUGAAGGUUAUGAUUCCAAAGUUGAGCUGCAACCAGAAAAUGACGGACUUCCAUCCAGUGUGACCCAGAAAUUCCCUUUUAUCAGCUCUUAUAGAGCCUUUAGAAUUCCGAGCUCUGUUGAUGUUGCCACCUUGGUGAAAUGUCAACUUGCUGUUGCUUCUUUUGAUGCUCAUGGGAACAGGCAAGAUGUUACUGGGUCGCAACUACCUGGAGUAUUGGAUGACAUGUUCGCCUACACUGGACCACUUGGUACUAUUUUUAGUGAGGAAGCUGUGAGUUUGUACCUAUGGGCUCCUACAGCACAGGAUGUAUGUGUGAACUUCUAUGAUGGUCCAGCUGGCCCUUUACUGGAAACAGUUCAACUCAAUGAGUCAAAUGGUGUUUGGAGUGUUACUGGUCCAAGAAACUGGGAGAACCGGUAUUAUCUAUAUGAAGUCACGGUAUAUCAUCCAGCUACAGCAAACAUUGAGAAAUGUUUAGCCACUGAUCCUUAUGCUAGAGGGCUUUCUGCAAAUAGUACAAGGACUUGGUUGGUUGAUAUUAAUAAUGAAACAUUAAAGCCACUUGCCUGGGAUGGAUUGGCGGCUGAAAAGCCAAAGCUUGAUUCCUUCUCUGACAUAAGCAUAUAUGAAUUGCACAUUCGUGAUUUCAGUGCCCAUGAUAGCACAGUGGACUGCAAUUUUCGAGGAGGGUUCUGUGCAUUUACAUGUCAGGAUUCUGCAGGCAUAGAACACCUAAAGAAACUAUCUGAUGCCGGUUUGACUCAUGUCCAUUUGUUGCCAAGCUUUCAGUUUGGUGGUGUUGAUGACAUAAAGAACAAUUGGAAAUGUGUUGAUGAGGCUGAACUGUCAAAACUCCCUCCAGGAUCAGAUUUGCAACAAGCUGCAAUUGUGGCUAUUCAGGAAGAGGACCCUUAUAAUUGGGGGUAUAAUCCUGUGCUUUGGGGGGUUCCGAAAGGAAGCUAUGCAAGUAACCCAGAUGGUCCAAGUCGUAUCAUUGAGUACCGACAGAUGGUGCAGGCCUUGAAUCGCCUAGGUCUUCGAGUUGUCAUGGAUGUUGUAUACAAUCAUCUAUACUCAAGUGGCCCUUUUGCCAUCACUUCCGUGCUUGACAAGAUCGUACCUGGAUACUACCUUAGAAGGGACUCUAAUGGUCAGAUUGAGAACAGCGCAGCUGUGAACAAUACAGCAAGUGAGCAGUUCAUGGUUGAUAGAUUAAUCGUGGAUGACCUUCUGAAUUGGGCAGUAAAUUACAAAGUUGAUGGGUUCAGAUUUGAUCUAAUGGGACAUAUCAUGAAAAAGACAAUGAUUAGAGCAAAAUCGGCUCUUCAAAGCCUUACAAUUGAUGAGCAUGGAGUAGAUGGUUCAAAGAUAUACUUGUAUGGUGAAGGAUGGGACUUCGGUGAAGUUGUGCAAAAUCAACGUGGGAUAAAUGGAUCCCAGCUUAAUAUGAGUGGCACUGGGAUUGCUAGUUUCAACGAUAGAAUCCGUGAUGCUAUAAAUGGUGGCAGUCCAUUUGGGAAUCCACUACAACAAGGUUUCUCUACUGGAUUGUUCUUAGAGCCAAAUGGAUUUUAUCAGGGCAAUGACACAGAGACAAGGCUCACGCUUGCUACAUACGCUGACCAUAUACAGAUUGGAUUAGCUGGCAAUUUGAAGGACUAUGUAUUAAUAUCUCAUACUGGAGAAGCUAGGAAAGGAUCUGAAAUUCGCACCUUCGAUGGCUCACCAGUUGGCUAUGCUUCAUCCCCUAUAGAAAUAAUCAACUAUGCCUCUGCUCAUGACAAUGAAACACUAUUUGAUAUUAUUAGUCUAAAGACUCCGAUGAACCUCUCAAUUGACGAGCGAUGCAGGAUAAAUCAUUUGUCCACAAGCAUGAUUGCAUUAUCUCAGGGAAUACCCUUUUUCCAUGCUGGCGAUGAGAUACUACGAUCUAAGUCGCUUGAUCGAGAUUCAUAUAACUCUGGUGAUUGGUUUAACAAGAUUGAUUUCACCUAUGAAACAAACAAUUGGGGUGUUGGGCUUCCACCAAGAGAAAAAAAUGAAGGGAGUUGGCCUUUGAUGAAGCCAAGAUUGGAGAACCCGUCAUUCAAACCUGCCAAAUGUGACAUUAUUGCUGCCUUAGACAAUUUUGUCGAUAUCCUGAAGAUCAGAUACUCAUCACCUCUCUUUCGUCUAACUACAGCAAGUGACAUUGAGCAAAGGGUUCACUUUCACAACACAGGGCCCUCCUUGGUUCCAGGAGUUAUUGUCAUGAGCAUUGAAGAUGCAAGAAAUGAUAGGCAUGAGAUGGCCCAGAUAGAUGAAACCUUCUCUUAUGUCGUUGCAGUCUUCAAUGUAUGUCCGUACGAAGUGUCUAUAGAAAUCCCUGAUCUUGCAUCACUGGGGCUUCAGUUGCAUCCAGUGCAGGUGAAUUCAUCAGAUGCUUUAGUCAGGCAGUCUGCCUACGAGGCCACCACAGGUCGAUUCACCGUGCCAAAAAGAACAACAGCAGUGUUUGUUGAACCCAGGUGCUGA